GUAAAACUUAUCCCAUUGUGUGUGUGUGUGUAGAGAGAGGGAGAGGUAAGAGUAGAAAAAAUGGCAAGUUGGUACGUAAUGUUUGUGUUUGGACUUGUACUAGUCAAUGCAACAGCAAGAAAUAUUCCUGAAGUGUCCAAACCAAACGUGCCUCAGACUCAGGUUCAGACUCAGGAUCUAACCGUAAACACUGAGGUUAUAAGUACAGCUCCAACCCCUAGUGAAGGACUUGAUGACCAAAAGAAUUUCAUGACAUUUGGUGGCGUUGGUGGCUGGGCAGGAGUUGGUGGCUAUGCUGGUGUAUUGCCAACUCUUGGUGGAAUAGGCGGCGGCAUGGGUGUCGGAGGUGGAAUAGGCGGUGUCAGUGGAAUUGGAGGGCUCGGCGGGCUUGGUGGCAUUGGCGGAGCAGCUGGCGGCGUUGGCGGUGCCGGAGGACUUGGUGGUGUUGGUGGUCUAGGUGUUGGUGGUGGAGUUGGUGGUCUUGGUGGCAUUGGUGGUAUUAAACCCUAGAAACUUUUUGUUGCAUGCAUGUCCAAUUUUCCUAUGUUUGUGUCAAGUGUACGUUUAGUGUUUUGAAGUUUCCAAGUAUUAGUAGUAUUUUAAUUUCCUAGUUCACUGCGUUAUCUAGUGUUGUUCCUAAGCUAGGAUUUGGUUGUACUGGGUUUAGGUUGUAUUAGGUUCAAUUUUCAAGUCACUCUAAUUGUUGGUUUGUCUUGUUUUUCUAAUUUAUCAUCUUUGUUUCUGGCUGAAAAA